AUGUCACACGCGCAGCGACCCCGCCUCAGUAUCGGAAUCGUCGGAGCAGGACUCGGAGGCCUUCUCCUAGCCCUUUUCCUACAGCGCGAAGCUCCCGACUUGCAGGUCGACAUAUACGAGUCGGCCAGCGAGCUUACGGAGCUUGGUGUCGGCAUCGGCUUGUGGCCACGAUCAUGGGAAAUAAUCAGGGAACUUAGCCUCGAAGACGAGCUUCGUCGCAUCUCCGGUGCCACCGACGGCGCGGUUCUCCCUAUCCACUAUCGAAAGGCCGACGAGCCACAGCAAAUCGAGUUCUACAACCUGAAGCCCUCCUUGUUCACCUUCCACCGCUCCGUCCUCCAGCGACUCCUCGCCCGCCACAUCCGCCCCUCCUCUCGCAUCCGGUUCCACUUCUCCAAGCGGCUCGUGCGCUACGUCGAGCCCUCUGCCCCGCCUUCUCCUUCUGGAGCCGCGACCCCGAUAACCCUCCAGUUCAACGACGGCACGACGGCGCGGUGCGACCUCCUCAUCGGCAGCGACGGCAUCCGCUCCGCCGUGCGGCGCACCAUGUACACCACGUGCGCCGUCGAAGCCGCUGUGCGCGGCCGCGACGUGGAGGCGACGACGUUGCGGAGCAUGGUCGAUCCGGUGUGGUCCGGGCAGGUCGCGUACCGCGGUAUCGCGGACGGGGCGACGGUCGCACAAAAGGGGUUCAAGGACGUGGACACACCGUUGAUUCUCAUGGGUAAAGACAAGCACAUCGUCUCCUACCCGAUCUCUAGAGGCGAGAAAGUGAACGUCGUGGCGUUCGUCAACUUCCCAGGCAAGGUGGGCACCGCGUACCAAGGUCCCUGGGUGGCAAAAGCUACCGGAAAGGAGGUUGCAGCGCACUACGCCGCGUGGGACCCCAGCGUCCCAACGCUCUGCCGCCACCUCGAGGACCCGCUCUGCUGGGCCGUGCACACCGUCCGCAAGCUCCCGACAUUCGUCCGCGGCCGCGUCGCGCUUAUUGGGGACGCAGCGCACGCGAUGACUCCACAUCAAGGCGCGGGUGCGGGCGCGGCGCUCGACGACGGCUACAUCCUCGCCGCGCUCCUCGCCGCGCCGCGCGUCGACGUCCACACGCUCCCGCACGCGCUCGCCGUGUACGACGCCGUGCGGCGGCCGUUCGCGCAGGACGUGCACGCGCGCUCGGACGCGAACGGGCGGCUCUACCAGCUCGGCGCGCCGGGCUGGGAGGGCGUGUCCGCCGCGCGCAGCGCCGCGGGCGGGUUCCCGCGGGAGAAGCUCGUCGAGGUCGGGAAGAAGGUGGAGGAGGGGUUGGCGUGGAGCUUGACGGGCGCGGGGGUCGCGGAGGAGAGGGCGCGGGCGGUGCGGAUGCUGGAGGAGCGGCUGCGCAGGGGUGGUUGA